CUGUGUCCACUGUCCAGCAGCGAGAGAGAGAGAGAGAGAGAGAGUAAAAGAAACGCUUUCUGGGUGUGCGUGCUUUUAUUCGGAAAUUCUUCGCCAAAAGUCCAAGCAAGAAACCGAUCGGGAAUAUUUUCUGCUAGGCUUAGAAUCUUGGAAAAUUGAAAAAUUCCAUUUUCUCAGUUAGCUUCGAACGGGAAAAAAAAAAAAAAAAAAAGAAAACCGAUUCAAGAAAACGAAUCGAAUUUUCUCUCAGUUUGGCAGAUGGAAUUGGAGGUAAAGCCACAAGAGCAACCACAUCCUCAGGCUGGGGCGGCUAGAUUCACUCUAGGCAAGCAGUCGUCGCUGGCACCGGACCGGAGUACAGAUUCCGCCGGAACGGCGGUGGAUGAGGUGAUCGAUCCGCGGGUGAAGCUGAUGUACUUGGCCAAUGAAGGUGACUUGGAAGGGAUUAAAGAGCUCUUGGACUCCGGCACCAAUGUCAAUUUCAGUGACAUCGAUGGCCGUACAGCUUUGCAUAUCGCCGCUUGCCAGGGACUAUCCGACGUCGUUCAGCUCUUGCUCCAUCGAGGCGCCAAGGUCGAUCCUCAAGAUCGCUGGGGAAGCACGUUUUUUCAACAGCCUCUUGCAGAUGCAGUGUAUUACAAAAACCAUGACGUGAUCAAACUUUUAGAGAAACAUGGUGCAAAGCCUCCGAUGGCUCCCAUGCAUGUUGAAAAUGCACGUGAAGUCCCAGAAUAUGAGAUCAGUCCAAGUGAACUUGAUUUUUCUAAUAGUGUUGACAUAACAAAGGGAACCUUCCGCAUAGCAUCUUGGCGUGGAAUUCAAGUUGCAGUUAAAACACUAGAGGAAGAAUUAUUCACUGAUGAGGAUAAAGUAAAGGCAUUCACGGAUGAGCUUGCAUUGCUUCAGAAGAUACGCCAUCCAAAUGUUGUCCAAUUUUUGGGUGCUGUCACACAAAGCAGUCCGAUGAUGAUUGUCACAGAAUAUCUACCCAAGGGAGACCUCUAUGCAUAUUUAAAAAGAAAAGGUGCUCUAAAGCCAGCAACAGCGGUGAAGUUUGCUCUUGACAUUGCUAGGGGCAUGAAUUAUUUACAUGAGCAUAAACCUGAAGCAAUUAUUCAUCGAGAUCUUGAGCCUUCAAAUAUAUUGCGGGAUGAUUCUGGGCAUCUGAAAGUUGCAGACUUCGGGGUGAGCAAACUACUGAAAGUUGCAAAUACAGUUAAAGAAGACAGACCUGUCACUUGUCAAGACACUUCUUGGCGAUAUGUGGCUCCUGAGGUUUACAGAAAUGAAGAAUAUGAUACUAAAGUUGAUGUGUUUUCAUUUGCUUUGAUCUUGCAAGAGAUGAUUGAAGGUUGUCCACCAUUUUCCACAAAGCCAGAAAAAGAAGUUCCUAAAGCAUAUGUUGCAAAUGAGCGCCCACCAUUUAGAGCUCCACCAAAGUACUAUGUGUAUGGGUUGAAAGAGUUAAUUGAGGAAUGUUGGAGUGAGGAACCAUUCAACCGACCAACAUUCAGGCAAAUUAUUAAGAGAUUGGAAGACAUUAACACUCAGCUUGCUCAAAAGAGGCAAUGGAAGGUUAGGCCACUUAAAUGUCUACAGAACCUUGAGGCAAUGUUAAAGAAGCAUCGUUCGAAUCCAAGCAGCCGUUCAGCUUCCAUUCCAUCAACCAGAUGAAUAAUUAUUCAACUCAGAUGCAGGAUUUUUCUUUUGUUUCUUUUUUUCCGGAUGAGGUUGUGGAGCUAUUUUCUUGCCCAUUUUUACUGUGAACAAAAUUGUAAAGUCCCUGGAUUGUAACCUUGUUGUUAUACAUGGGCUUUGAGAUGCUGCUAUUAUAUCUGUUGACGCAUGAAAACUUGUGAAGACAGCUUCUGCAAAGUGGCCUCUUCCUCUUGCAUUAGUAAAAGAGGAAAACAGUUUGAUUGGUUUUCCAAAUCUCUGCCGAAUGCAAAGGUGACCUUUGAAGGAGUAUAGUUUUCCAAUGAAUUAGUUUGUGUAUUAUGUUCAUUUGCAGGCAGUGGUGGUAUUGCAAACCGACCAACAUGAGUGAUGGGUUUGGACCAAGAAGAUAAAGAAAGCGAACUAUUUUAGGGUUGCAUACUAGCUACAGUUUUCUUUUGAACAAUGGUGGAAAAAUUAGGAUUUGUUUCGUGGAUGUAGUACAAUAUUGUAAACAAAGCAGAAGGAACCAUUGACAGAGAGGUAAAUACCUCAUUAAGACUAAAGGGGGCGUCCAUAUACAAAAUGACCUGGAUUUUCUUUUA